AUGGGUUUAGAGCAGAAAUUAAUUAUUGGAUUUAAUGCCACAUUUGUUCACCCAGGAAGAUUCUAUCUUGGUGGGUUUUCUGACAUGGCUCAUGAUAAUUAUUACUAUAUCUUCCUGUGUUUUGUCUACAUAUUUACUGUUGUAGGAAAUGUUUUGCUCAUUUUAAUUAUUUUUCUGAUAAAGACUCUUCAUACUCCGAAAUACUUGAUUGUGUUCAACCUGGCUUUGACAGAUUUGUGUGGGAGCACAGCUCUCAUCCCAAAACUGUUAGACACAUUUCUGUUUGACAGAAGAUACAUUCUCUAUGAGGCUUGCUUAAGUUAUAUGUUCUUUGUUUUGUUCUUUGCAAGUAUUCAGUCAUGGACACUUGUCAUUAUGGCAUAUGACAGAUUUAUAGCCAUUUGUUUCCCUUUAAGGUACCAUAGUAUUGUGACUAAAACAUCUAUUGCUGCAAUGCUAGCCUUUGAAUGGGUGCUUAUAACAAGCAUCAUGGCAUCUACUGUUGGGCUUAUUGAUCGCCUUUCCUUCUGUGGAUCUUUUGUGGUGAAAAGCUUUUUCUGUGAUCAUGGACCUGUGUUUUAUCUGGCAUGCAAUGAUACAUCUUUAAACCGCAUAAUGGCAUAUGUUGCCUUAGUUAGUUUCAUCUGUAUUCCUCUAAUAUUAAUAGCGUUUACUUAUGUUUGCAUUUCCAUAGCACUGAGCAGAAUUGCGUCAGGAGAGGAACGACUCAAAGCACUGAAAACUUGUACUUCUCAUGUGAUUCUAGUUGCUGUUUUCUUUUUGCCAUUGGUGGGAACAAACAUAGCUGCAGUGGCCUCCUAUAUUCAUCCUAAUGCCAGGAUCAUAAACUCAACUUUGGCAUACACCAUACCAGCUUUGCUUAAUCCUAUUAUAUAUGCUUUAAAGACAGAAGAAGUGAUGAAUGCUGUCAAGAAGCUUUGGAAAAAAACCCCGUUUAUAAACACAGCAUAA